UCAUUACUUUCUUGCACUAAUUAUUUAUUUUUGUAGUUUAUCGUGACCUGUACUGGACUGCUGUCGCAAAAGGAUCUAUUUCGGGGCACGUCAGGGCUAAUAAAGCUGAUUUGAUAAUCGCGGCGCGUUUUUAAAGGGCGGUGCAUUAUUUAGGGACGAUCAUAUUAUGAUCGAAGCCACCAUGCUCUUGUUUUACAUUCCUCUGCCGUCCAUCUCCAGGAAGUAGGCGGGACACUGUCACUCUGCCGGGAAACCUGGGACAUCCUUCACUGGGUCCGGGAGGAGGCAAUCCACUCCCGCAGCAGCAGCCUCACGAGUCGGUUGUGAGGGGUAAAGGUUAGCAACCUCCAGACCCGACCCCACUCAGUCUGAAUGCACCUGCCGUUGGACGCCAGCAGUUGUCUUUCCGCGCCCGGGGUUAGAAGGAAGCUCGCACCUAACGGAGUAAACGAGCGGAGGAGAUAUGGUCCCCAGUGGUCCGUGCUGUCUUCUCCUAUACCUGCUGAUCCCCAUCUUCUGCCCGUCGCAGGCUGCACAGGGCUGUCUGAGCAGACAAAAGGUGUUAACCGCAAUCCGACAAAUGCAACAGUUGUUGAAAGGGCAAGAAACACGUUUUUCUGAUGGAAUCCGCACCAUGAAAGCCAAACUCUCUGCCCUGCAGUUCUCUGUGACCAAGCCAACUGCAAACCAGCGAUCAGUGUUAUCGUGCCCUCCUCUGGAGGCUCCCAGGCACGGCAAGAAGUUUGGCUCCAAGUAUAGAACGGACCACGAAGUCCACUUCGUCUGCCAGCCCGGAUAUCAGCUGAGUGGCUCAAGUACGAGAGUGUGUCAGCCCAACGGUCGGUGGGCGGGGGAGAGGGCUAACUGCUCAGAAAUUAAUGAGUGCACUAGCAACCCCUGCCAGAAUGGAGGGACCUGUGUGGACGCUGUGAACCGCUACAAAUGUAUCUGCCCAAGCCUCUGGACUGGGAGCCACUGCGAGUAUCCAGUGCAGACAGACUGGUCCUUCAGUCGCAAGCCCCGUUGUGCAGAGAUCGAGAGGACCCAGCACUGCAGCUGCGAUGCUGGCUUCCGUAUGAGAGGGACGAAUGAAAACGGUCUGUGCCAAGAUGUGGACGAGUGUGAGGUUUUCCAGUUGAAGGGAGUUUCCAGACUCUGCAUACACAACUGUGUCAACAUCCCGGGCUCCUACCGCUGUACCUGCCCAGCUGCGUACAGACUUCUCAGUGAUGGCAAAAGCUGUGGGGACAUAGACGAGUGUGCAACCUCACAGCACAACUGCACAAGGGAAGCAACUUGCAUCAACACGGGCGGAGGAUUUCAGUGUGUUAAUCCGCAGUGUCCACAGCCUCGUGGAAAUGUCAGCUAUGUUAAAACUUCACCAUUUCACUGUGAGCGCUACCCUUGCCCUAUGAAUAGCAAGUCAUGCCACCAGGCUGCAAAGACCAUCUCCUUCCAUUACCUCUCGAUACCCUCCAAAGUGAAGACUCCAGCCACCUUGUUCCGCUUUGCCACAGUCGCUGUCCCUGGCAGGCCCGGAGCGGACAGUCUGCGUUUUGGCAUCGUGGGAGGCAGCAGCCGAGGGCAGUUUGUGGUCCAGCGAUCUGACCGGCGGACAGGAGAGCUCACCCUUGUUCAGCCUUUGGUAGGACCUUGCACUGUGGAGGUUGACGUGGACAUGUCUGAAUAUCAUAAUCACACUUUUCAGGCCAAGCAUUUGUCAAAGGUUACGCUCUUUGUCUCGGGCAAUGGAUUUUAAGGCAGUGCUUAGAGACCACUUAUGUUAACUCUGGAUUAGACGAAACUGUGCCAAUUAUUGUGAGGAGACUUCUGCAGUUCAAGAGAUUCCCCCAAGUGCCACAAUAUGAGGAUCAAGACUGCCCUCUACGCCUUGACUGUGUAUAAUCGAUUGUGUGUAAGACUUUGAGCUGUGUAUUCUCUGUAGUAACAUAAAUAUCUGUUGGCUGGGAGGUUGGCUGAAUUCUGACCCUGUGUGGUUUAAACAAAACCUUGGAUUUCUUGGAAUUGCUGCUUACUGAAUGUUUAGUUGCCCACCUUCAUGUUCCUGGUUCAGCAGAGGAUGCUGGUUUUCCUGCCACACAUAUUUCACACUGGGGCGGCACGGCAGUCGUCAUAGUUAGCACAAAGCUUUACAGUAACUGGAGGCCUGGCUUCCAUUCCGGUCACUGCCUGUAAGGAGUUUGUAUGUUCUCCCCGUGACCGCAUGGAUUUCAUCCGGGUGCUCCAGUUUCCUUCCACGCUCCAAAGACGUACCAGUUGGUAGGUUAAUUGGUCAUUGUAAGUUGUCCUGUAGUUAGGCUAGGAUUAAAAUGGGAGUGCUGAGCAACACGGCUCGAAGAGCCUGCUCAGCACUGAAUCUCAAUACAUAAAUAAACAAUUGAUAUUUGUUGUCCAUCUCACAUUUGUCAUUGGUCUCUGGUUCCACUACUUACCAUCCAUUCCUGAUUCAGCAUUCACUUUCCAACCACCAUUUCCCAUUCAUCUCCAGUUGAGCACCCAGCUGAUCUUAACCGUACAUCCUGAAUAUUGUUCAUCUCCUUUAACCAUGAUGUACCUGUUCUUUUGUUUAAUAUCUGUCUCCUGUUUAUAAUUCAUCUCCAGUGAGCCAUUCAUCUCCUGUUUCUCAUUUGUCUCCUGAUCACCUCCCCUUUUCUAUCCAUCUCCCAUUUCUCUUUCAUCUUCCACUUCCCCUUCCAGGUCCCAUUAACCAUCUAUCGCCCACUUCCCAUCUGCUUCCCAUCCAUCUUGUUUCUCCGCUAUCUCCUCUUCACCAUCUAUCUUCAAUGUCUUCUCCACCUCUUGCUUCCUCUCCAUCUCCCAUUAACCAUCCUUAUGUUUAUCAUCCAGCCUGAAUUAAUCACUCAUUCUCUGCUGCGCAUCCAUUUAUCAGAAAUCACUCAUAUCCUGUUUACCAUUCAUCCCUUAUUUGCCUAAGUAUCUAAGAAAACAGGAGCAGAAUUAGGCUACUCCAUCCCACAGUAAAUUCAUGACUGAUCAUCUAUAGCAGGGGCUCUCAACCUGGGGUCCACGGACCCUUUGUUUAAUGGUAUUGGUCCAUGGCAUAAAAAAGGUUGGGAACCCCUGAUCUACAGGAUUCAUCUGUUCAAAAGUGCCACUUCCCUGAUCUUCUCUGUAAUUAAAAACCGCGGAGAGCUGAGAUCCAGUGUCUCUCCACUCCCUGAGAAGGAGUUCCUCAGUUUCACAUCCAUCCAGCCUCAAUUUCUUAUCCAUUCCUUUCUGCCAUUCAUGUCCUGUUUAUUACUGGUCUCUUGCUUUCCAUGAACCCCCUGUUCAUAAUAUGUGGACAGACUUCAGUUAGUAGUCGACCACCCAGGUCUGUGUGGAGCCACCCAUCAGCCCAAUCUGGUAAGGAGGACAGAUUUCUUUCCCUGAAAGUCUUCAGUGAACUAAAAUGUUUUCUGCAACAAUCUAGAUGGUUUAACUCAUUUCUAGGAUGACACCCAUCACCUGUUUUUCAUUAAUCCUUUGUUCAACAUCCAUUCCUAAUUAGUCACCAAUCCUCUGUUUAUUUCCCCUUGUUUCAUUCAACGUUUCAUUCAUCAUUCAUCUCCUAAUUACUGUCAUGAUGUGCACUUACAGUAUCAGAACCCAAGCGCAGCAGAAGAACAGACUCCAGUGUAGAGGCGGCCACCAACGUUUAUUCAUAAUAAUUCCAAAAGAACAUCAGUGUUCCGGCUGAGCAACACCACGAGAAGUAAUAUUCUCAAAACUAGGACCCCGCAAUUAGCGCUAAUCAGGAGACUCCUUAAAUAAUGCAAGUACACAGAAUCCCUGAGCCUAUCAAAAUAAACGUCACAAGUCUAAAUAGGAAGCACCAGGAGACCCACAUUAUAAUGAGCAGGUUGCUCGAGAAGGAACUCUAAACAAUUAAUGACUCUCAUUAGACAACAAUUAACCAAUUCAGAUGCUCUUAAAAACCUUGGUCCACAACAUUCUCUGGCACCCCACACAGGCCUGAAGAGCUCAUUACAUUUAGUUCAUAAAAACAUGAGGAUCUUGGAUAAGAUGGAUGAUCACAGUAUUUUUUCAGGUUUGGGGGAGUCUAAAGCUAAUGGGUAUAAGUUUAAGGUGAGAAGGGAAAGAUUUAAAAGUCACUUUUUUCCACUUGGACAGUGGUGGGUAUAUUGAAUGAACUGCUAGAGAAAGUGGUCAAAGUGGAUGCAAUUAUAUUUAAAAGACAUUUGGAUGGGUUCAUGGAUAGGAAACAUUUUGAGUAAUAAUGAGACCAAAUGGGAAAUGGGACCAGUUCAAAAAAAGUGCUUUGGUUGGCAUGAAUGAGUUGGGGUGAAGGGCUUGUUUCUAUGCUGUGCAAUCUCUGUGACUCUUCCUUCCAUCCCAAUUUACCAUCCAGAUUUUGUUUGCUCUCCACCUUCUAUUUACGAUUUAUCCCCAAUUUACUAUCCAUCCUCCCAUUAUCACUCAUCUCCCCUUUACCAUCCAUUCUCUGUAUAUCAUCCAUCUGCUAUUUUACUCUUCACCCUUGCUUUAUCACAUGUCCUUGUUUAACAUCCAUCUUUUCCCUAACACCAGUCUCUGGUUUGAUAAUCAGGUACUUAAAUAGGCAAGGUAUGGACCUAUUAGGGCCAAUGGGAUUAGUGUAGCAGAAAGGUCCACAUGGAUAUGAUGGGCAGAAUGGUCUAUCUCUUUACUGCACAACUCUAUGAUUCAUUUACAAAAACAUCCAACCUCCUUUUUACUGCACACGACCUCUUAACCAUCUCUAAAUUCUGUACUUGCCACCAGCUGCCGUCUUAACUAUUUUUCCUCUAUUUAAUUAAUGCCAGCAUGAGGGUAGUGCUGAGCUGUCUUCUUGAAUCCCUGCAGAACUUUGAUGCAUAUGCUCCCACCAUGCUAUUAAGGAGGGAGUUUAGGUCUUAGAUCCAGUGGCAAUGAAGUGAUGAUGAAGAUGUAAUGAUUAAAUUACAAUGCUGAAGUUUAGACCAACAAUGUGGAGACUCCUUGUGCUUCCUCUGCUUUGCCCCUUUGCACUCUUCAUUGAAACAGGUUUGAUCCUUUUACUUAACAGUAUCGAUAGAGUGGGGGGAAAUGUUAGACCAAAUACUUAAGGACUGUGUGAUGCUCAUGGCCCACAACUGCUUAUGGACACCAGGUUCUUGAGCUGCCAGAUCUAUUCUCCUUAUUGUCAUAGCCCGAAUGUAGUGCCACAAAAUAUCACUGGCCACCUACCAGUGGCUUAGGGGACAGAUGCUUCUGCACAUUGUAAAUGAGCAAGGAGGAGGUCAGGCUGGCUUAUCUUUCUUGCUUGUUCGCACCUGGGUUGCCACAGAUGCAGCUCAGCAGCCAUGUCCUUCAGGACUUGGCCAGAUCCGUUGCUGGUGAUCUUACCAAGCCACUGUGGAUGACGGACAUUGAGUUCCCCACUGAAAUGCAUUCAGUUCAUCUUCCGAUUUAUAGUCAUGGAGACAUACAGAAUGGAAUCAGGGCCUUCGACCAACUGGGUCCAUUCUGACCAUUGAUAGUUGACACCCCCCCCACCCCACCUCCCCUUGGCCUACAAUCCAAGUUUUCUUUUUCCACACAUCCUGUGUGUACAAUCUACACUUGUAUACCGUCUAUAUCCUUUAUUAUUCAUCCACUGUUCCACAUCAUUUGUUGUUUAAGAUCCAUUUCCGGUUUACCAUAAACCCUUACUCUCCUAUCACCAUCUCAUCAGCCAACUAUAAUUUAUCAUUUUCCUUCUAUUUACCAUCCCUAUGCAUUUACCCUUCCAUCUCCAGCCCAUUAUCUAAUGAUUGUCAUCUAAUCCUAGUAUCAUCCACUCUUUACCACGUAUCUUGAGUUUAUCCUCCAUCUAUUUUUUUUACCAUUUAUCCACUGUUUAUCAUUAAUCUGCCCUAGAACAUCAAGUUUUCCGAUUUUAAGUAAUCUCCCUGGUGUGUUUUCCCCCUCUCCCCACCCACUUCUCUCUACAUAUCUCUUUUUCUGAUCCUCCUCCAGCCUUAUUUUCAGUCUCUUUCCCACCCACACCCAUCUCUCAUCUUCAGCCUCCCCUCCCCGGGUUCUAUCCACCUAUCACACCCGCACACAUAGUUCACCCACAGGUCACUCACUCCUCCACAACAACCUGGUUGUGGUUCCAGCUGCCAUUCACCUUUCCCCUGUUGGUUGCCUCCAUCACUUCCCUUACCCAACACUAGUAGCCCUUUGUGUUCCUGCUUCCCACCCUGCCACGACCUUCAUCCUCCCCUCUAACCUUUCCACCUCAUUCCAUCUACCUCCCUUCUUUCUUUCCGCCUCCAGCCCUAAUUCACUUGCCACUGACUCUCAACCCCGCCCCUCCGCAACCUGUCUUGACCUGCCCUUCAUCUUUCAACUCCUCUGCAGUCCACCUUGGGCUUCUGUACUCCCCUCUCCACUUUAUGACAGCCUUCUCCGUCAACAAUUCCUAUCCCUUCUCAGAUGCUGCUAGAUCUACUGAGUUGCUCCAGCAGAUUUUGUUGCUUCAGAGUCCAGCAUUUGCCAUUUCUUGCCGUUACCAUUCACCUGUUUACCUUCCAUCUGAAUUCACCAUCUAUACUCUCUUUGCCAUUUGUCUCCUUAGAAUCCAUUCUGUAUACCUAUCUAUCUUCCUUUUACUAUUAACUCAAUUGAUUAUCAAUUCCCGGUUUAUCACUGGCCCUCUAGCUCUAGUUUGCCAUUAAUUUCCCAGUUAUCUUCCAUCCUCCAUUUUGCAUCUCAUCCCCCUUUUCCAUCCAUGUCCUAUGUAGCAUUGGUGACCGGUUUAUGUGUACCAAGAUGCUGUGAGUUUGCUAUCCAUCAACUGUUUCCCAUCCCUUCCCUGUUUUUUAUCCACUUCCAGUUGUCAUCUAGCCAUAAUCUACCAUCUUCUACAUAUCAUUGUUAUCUAACAUACCAUCUAUCAAAAGUUCACCAUCUGAUGCUGAAUCCCAACAUAUACCACAUAAAAACCAUCACCAGCUUACUGGUACUUUUGUUAGCUAUAGUCCACUGUUAGCAUCUACCUCUCUUGGACUACCAGUCCACCAUUCCAUAUUAACCACCGUUCCCCUAUUUACCUCAAAUCAUCUGCUCUUUUUCACCCGUUCUCCAUUUACCAUCAAAAUGCUGGAGGAACUGAGCAGGUCAGGCAGCAACAAUGGACAGUUGGGCUUUUGGGUCCAGACCCUUCAUCUGGACUGGAAAGAACGAGAGAAGAAGCCAGUAUUAAAGGGAAGGGGGAAGAGUGGAGCAAGGGAUGGCAGGUGAUAGGUAGAAUCACAAACAAGAGAAGAUCUGCAGAUGUUGGAAAUCAAAGCAACACACACAAAAUGCUGGAGGAACUGAGCAGGUCAGGCAGCAACAAUGGACAGUUGGGUUUUUGGGUCCAGACCCUUCAUCUGGACUGGAAAGAACGAGAGAAGAAGCCAGUAUUAAAGGGAAGGGGGAAGAGUGGAGCAAGGGAUGGCAGGUGAUAGGCAGAAUCACAAACAAGAGAUCUGCAGAUGUUGGAAAUCAAAGCAACACACACAAAAUGCUGGAGGAACUGAGCAGGUCAGGCAGCAACAAUGGACAGUUGGGCUUUUGGGUCCAGACCCUUCAUCUGGACUGGAAAGAACGAGAGAAGAAGCCAGUAUUAAAGGGAAGGGGGAAGAGUGGAGCAAGGGAUGGCAGGUGAUAGGCAGAAUCACAAACAAGAGAAGAUCUGCAGAUGUUGGAAAUCAAAGCAACACACACAAAAUGCUGGAGGAACUGAGCAGGUCAGGCAGCAACAAUGGACAGUUGGGUUUUUGGGUCCAAACCCUUCAUCUGGACUGGAAAGAACGAGAGAAGAAGCCAGUUUUAAAGGGAAGGGGGAAGAGUGGAGCAAGGGAUGGCAGGUGAUAGGCAGAAUCACAAACAAGAGAAGAUCUGCAGAUGUUGGAAAUCAAAGCAACACACACAAAAUGCUGGAGGAACUGAGCAGGUCAGGCAGCAACAAUGGACAGUUGGGUUUUUGGGUCCAAACCCUUCAUCUGGACUGGAAAGAACGAGAGAAGAAGCCAGUUUUAAAGGGAAGGGGGAAGAGUGGAGCAAGGGAUGGCAGGUGAUAGGCAGAAUCACAAACAAGAGAAGAUCUGCAGAUGUUGGAAAUCAAAGCAACACACACAAAAUGCUGGAGGAACUCAGCAGGCCAGACAGCACCUAUGGAAAAAAGUAAACAAUUGAUGUCCCAUGAGUCUUGAUGAAAUGUCAACUGCAUAUUCGUUUCCAUAGAUGCUGUCUGGACUGCUGAGUUUUUUGUGUGUUGAGGUGAUAGGUGGAUUCAGGUGAGAAGGGGAAGAGAGGAACCCCCCCCCCCCAUGUCCUUUCAUACUGGCUUCUCCCACUGUCUUCCCAGUCCUGAUGAAGGGUGUAUAUCAACUGUUCAUUAUCGUCCUUAGCUGAUGCCUGACUCCUGAGUUCCUCCAGCGUUCUGUGUAUUGCUCUGACUUCCAACAUCUGCAGUCUCCCUUGUGUUUCUGAUUACCAUCCAUUUCCUGUUUACCUUCAUUCCUCUCUUGAGAAUUCAUUACUUUUGUGUCAUAUGUUUUGUUUUUACGGUUAUUCCUGUUUACUGGUUUGAUAUCAUUCAUCCUAAUUAUCCAUUGGAAAAUAUCCCAGAAUUCUUUGAGGAUUAUUUUCUGACAACCACUUAAAGAAAUUAAACCUAGCUUUGAUUUUUAUCCUGCUUCUUACAGUUAACUUCUCUUUCUCCGCCUAUCUGCCGCAAUUGUUAAUCAACCAGUAUUUCCUGAAUGUUACCAUGCCUUGUUUAAUCUUAUAGGCAAUUAGUAAAUACAGUGAGGUAUCACAAGUAUAAUCCUGCUUUUAACAAGAUAAUCUCAAUGCAAAAUCAGAAUUGAGCCAUUAACUGUUAAUGAAUGGCCUCACUUUUUAAGAGGUGCAUAACUGUGUAUACAAUCUGAUGCCUUGAAGGGCUGGAAGCUAAAAGUUAUUAAUGAAUACAUGCUACAAGCUCUAAAGCUGUUUCAUGAAGCAGGUCUGUACUUUUGCCUUGGAUAUUGACUAUCAUAAUUAUCUUGAUUAAAACAUUUUAUACAACCCUUGGUACUGCAUCAUUCUUCUUGACUGUCCAGUGAACUACUUCAGUCACAAUCAAAUUUACAUCUUGGCAUUGUAGAAACUUAAAGAGAAAGGAAGCCAUUAAGCUCAAGAUGUGUAUACCAGACCAGCUUUGGGAAUUUCCACUUGUAUCCUAAUCAAUCAGCUCAACUCCCGUAGGAAAAUCAGACAUUGCUAUGGCCACCAGCUGCAAGUUGCCAGUGACACACACUGCAUAUUCAGGUGUUAUGAUGUUGAUAUUUCAUUUCUAGAGUCAAUAAGAAAGACUAUGCAGGAGAAAACAGUUGUUAAAAAUUGAUGGGCAGGGAAGUGGCAGAUGGAGUUUAAUCCAGGCAAGUGUGAGGUGUUGCAUUUAGGAAGUCGAAUGAAAGGAGAAAGUAUACAGUAAACGAUAGACCCUUUUGUAGCAUUGAGGUACGGAGUGACCUUGGGGUCCAGGUCCAUAGUUCACUGAAAGUGGAUGAGGUAGUAAAGAGAACACCACCCAUUCUUGCCUACAUUGGUGGGAAAGUUGAGUGUAAGGAAGUCAUACUGUAGCUAAAUAAAACUUCAGGCAAACCACAUUCAGAAUAUUGCAUGCAGUUUUAGGAAGGAUGUGGAAACUGUGCAGAGAGUGCAGAAGAGGUUUACCAGGAUGCUGUCUGGAUUAGAGGGUCUGCGCUAUAAGGAGAGUUGGAUGAACUUGGGUGAUUCUCCCUAAAGCUUCUAGGGCCAAGGGGAGAUCUGAAAGAUGUCUUUAACAUUAUGAGAGGCAUAGAUAGGGAAGACAAUUUGAAUCCUUUCCUGAGGGUAGAUAUACUGUAUAAACACCAGAGGGCGGACUUUUAAGGUUAGAAGGGCAACAUAACAGGCAAGUUUUCUUUUUCAAAGAAAGUAGAGGCUGCCUGGAAUUGGUUAGCAGUGUAGAAGUAGAACUAGAUGGUUGCUGGAGUUAGGAGGCCUUUAAAUAGGCACAACAUUACGACAUGAAAGAAGAGAGAUGGUUGAUGCACCAGAAGUGAACAUUCCAUAUGUAGUGGCAACAUUUACAAAGUGCUGGUGGAAGUGAGUAAGUCAGGCAGUAUUGGCAUCAAAAUUGGCACAAGAUCAUGAGCUGAGUGGCCUGUUCAGCACUGUUCUGCAGUUAUAUAACAUCAGGUAAGCAGCAUUCAUAAAGAAAAACAUAACUUGUGCACCAAUUUUACAAGAAAGAACAUAACUAGACCAGAAAGAAAAAUACAUGUGGAUUGCCAUGCACAUUGGACAUAAUGUUACCAUACAGGUGUAGAAAUUAAGGUGGUGCAGAUUUUGAACAAGAAUGAGCUGGUUUAUUUUUUGUGGUGUAAUAUAUAAUUGAUGUAAAAAAUUAUAUUGCACUAAUCUUAACCGGACAUUUGUUGUAUUUGUCAUACUGUCAAGACAUAGUCUUGACCAACUUGUUUCUUCAAUUUUAAUAUUCAAAUCAGUUUCCCAUUUUUGUCUUGACUUAUGAAUUCCUUGUUUAAUUGCCUGUUUUUGAAUCAAACUACACAUACAAGAAAUAAUUUUUUAAAUUUUCCUUUUUGAAUUAAAGUUUCUAUUUCAUUAGGUUUUGGCAAUAACAUUGUUUGACCCAAUUUAUCUCUUAAAUAAGCCCUUAAUUGGAAAUAACAAAAAAGAGUGUUGUUUGAUAUUUUGUAUUUAUUCUUUAAUUGAUCAAAUGACAUUAAUAUACCUCCUUCAAAACAAUCUC